AUGGACAUCGGGGUCGCAGUUCAGGCUCUAGAGGUGAGUCUGAGAGGCUUCUGCUACCCAGCGAUGUACCUCAACGCGGACAGAUUCAGCACAGGAGCAUCUGAGGACCUGGUGGCACUUGUCGCCCAGAUUCUUGAGCGGUGCCACCCUUCCAUCCAAGCGUACCUCUCAACGAAGGGUUAUUAUACACCACUAACUAAGUUCACUGGGCCCGACUGGUACAGGUGUUUUGAGUCAUUCAUGCGUGAAAACAUCCAUACUGUUGAAAACUCAUCAUCUGUGCCUAUACUCCCGUCAUCGUCGUGGGAGAAGCAUUCCUUUGCCGUCGCUAAGGUCAAGGAGGUACUGGGGUUUGUGCGGAUACUCAAAGCAGCCGUGCCGAAGAAGAAGCGAUCUCUUCAGGAGCACCGACCGACCUCCAGCCUGACUCAAGCACUGAAGACCAGUCGGGUUGGGCUAGAGGGCGUGGAGCUCACAACGCCUGAAGAUUGCAACUCUAAGCAGAUGCUCCGUUUUGCAUUCGAUGGAGCAGACUCAACAGAUUCUCUCGAAGAUGCAAUAGAUAACGAGAGUCAUCACUAUCACAUGAGCAGUAGAAUCACAGAAUAUCAAAGGAAUAGCGAUCAAUCUAAGGCACCCAGUGGACAGUUCAGUGACAGCCAUGAUCGUGCCCGUUACAGAGGCAAGAGUGACAGAGACUCUGCUGAUACUGCUCGCUCCCCUCGAUCACUGCACUCACUUCAGGCCCCCAGCAACCUGAGUGCAAGACGCAGUGCACAAUCGUUGGAUUGCCUACCGCAAUAUAGCCGGCCAUCGUCUUCCAGGAGAGGCUCAGUCCUCACGGAGCUGAAUGAGCAUACUAUCAGAGAUGUAUUCUACGAGGUGGAGAAGGCUGUGCAUGGAAUCCAGGUCUUGAAUGCAAAGGUGGAUGCAGUAUUUGGGAGACUCGAUUUGCUGGAGCAGAGAUUAGACCAAAUAUUCACUAAGCUCUGA